GCACUAGCAGACCACCCCGCGCCCUCGAUCGAAUCGCGGCUAUUCUUGCGCGCUGGUGCCUUGCACAGCUCAACAGGCUACACACGUGCACAGUUCAGCCGGCUACACACGCCAGCCGAAGCGCGUUGCUCGUCGCUGCGCCGCGGCGGCAAACCAAGCCCUCGCCACCACAAGGCAGAUAUAAAAAACCGCGCCGUAGACGAUGCCCUCGGUCUUCAACAAUUUAAGGUUAGAAGGCGCGGGCCGCCAGGGCUCUUUACAGAUAGCAGGCGACGGCGCCGCCUACACCUGUAGAUCCGGCCGGUCCGACGGGAAGGUCACGGCGGUGAAGGGCGUCAAGCGGGCGACGUGGACGGUCUUCGGCAAGUACGCGAAUGUGGUGCUCUUAGAUGGGGACGACGGCGUGUUGAUGCGGCUCGACGGCUUCACGGCGAAGAACAAAGAAGCUUUGCGGACCGACCUCCAAUCGAUCGGCGUCAAAUUAGAAGAUCUGGAAUUUUGUUCCUCAGGAGCCAAUAGAGGCAAGCACUUCUUCGAGGCGCAAGGGAAAAGAUUUGUGGUCGAGCAGACGGAGCCUGAGACCGAGGGUAAAGAGCCAAAAACGAAGCGAUUGUUUGAUCUGGAUUUAUCUAGAGUGUCGCAAUGUGUCGUACCGACCAAUACGAGGGCCGGCGCCGUGCCCAAGGAAGUCUCCAUACAAUUCAACGAGGACCGAAGGGAGGGCGCCGCCGAGCACCAGUUGGUCGAAUUGCGAUUGUACGUCCCGCCCGGUUCUGGCCGGGACGGCGACGAGGAGAACGAGGACGAGUCCGACGCCUUGCGGAUCCAGCAGCAGAUCACGCAGGCGGCCAACCUCAAAAGUGUUACUGGCUCUUUGUUGGCGGAGUUUGCGCCGUCAGAGGGCGUUUUCGUCCUACCUAGAGGUAGGUAUGCGGUAGAAAUGUACGCCGACUUCUUCCGGAUGCACGGCAACAUGUACGACUACAAGAUUGCGUAUAGCGAUGUGGAGCGAUUUAUUUUGUUGCCUAGAACGGAUGACGUCCAUUACGCGUUCAUCGUAGCUCUAGACCGACCCAUAAGACAAGGGCAACAACGCUAUCCUCACUUAGUCUGGCAACUGAAGAAGACCGAGGCCGAGAUCAUGGUCAAGUUGACUGAAGAGCAGAUCACGAGUAAGUACGGUGCGAACUGCGGCCUCAAACCUGAAUUGAGCGGUGCUCUCUAUCAAUUAGUUGCGAGGGUCUUCAAGGUGCUGUCGGGCAAGAAGGUCUUCACCACUGGUAAAUUCAGAAGUUCUGAUGGUAGACACGCGGUGUCGUGUUCCGUAAAAGCGUCGACGGGCCAACUAUACCCUCUGGAGCGCUCCUUAGCCUUCAUCCACAAGCCGACACUCAUCAUAAAGUUCGAGGACAUUAGUGCCGUGGAGUUUGAAAGAUUUACGGGCUACGGGCAGUCGUCCGCGACCAAAAACUUCGACCUCAAGAUUUCUACUCGCGGUCUGUCGCGGCGUCCUCUUUGAUUUCGACCCUGCGUGGCGCGAUGCCGCCGCGCCGCGGGGACCCGUCGCGUCGAUGGCGUGGAGGUGGACGUCCGAACUUGCUCCACGCCAUCGCCGCAACGCGACGGCCACGUCGGCGGCGUCGAGGCGGCGCGGGUUCGUGACGACGCCCUCGACGCGACCGUUUCCGCCCCGCGCGCGCGUCCCGGCGGCGAGCGACCCCCGCCGCGCGCGCAGGCGACGGCAAGGAGCACACGUUCACGUCGAUCGACCGCAACGAGUACAAGGGGCUCCUCGAGUUCCUCACGGCCAAGGGCCUGAAGAUCCGGAACCUGGUGGAGACGGCCGCGGCCGAGAACGAAGCUAGAAAACGCGCCAUGGGCCUCGACGGCUCCUCCAGCGACGAGGACAUGCCGCAGCGCGGGCCCGCCGACAGUAACGACGAGGACUCGCCGGACGAGGACUUCGUCGCGCCCAAGGACGCCUCGGAUGAUGACGACGAUGAUGAUGAUGACGAUGAUGAAGAUGGUUCCGGGAGUGAUGAGGAAGAAGAGAAGCCGAAGAAGAAGAAGGUACGUUAUACAUAUAUGUAUCGUAUCUCACGAGUACCCCCCCCCUCGCAGAAGAAGGCCAAGAGCCCCUCGCCGGAAAAGAAGAAGAAGAAGGUACUUGCGCGGCGUCCGUUACAUGUAUCGCACGUGGUAUCUGCCCCACCGGUACGCCAUGCGACCCCCCUCGCAGAAGAAGCGCAAAGCUGAUGAAGAGGAGUCCACCAAGAAGCCCGCGAAGAAGGCCAAGAAGAAGAAGGAUCCGAACGCGCCGAAGGGCAAGAGCUCGGCGUUCAUCUUCUUCGGGAGCGCUACUCGCGCGGAGAUCAAGGCCGCGCACCCGGACUGGUCCUUGGGCGACGUCGGCCGCGAGCUCGGCAAGCGCUGGAAGGAGUUGACUGAAGAUGACAAGAAACCUUAUCAUGAUCUCGCGGCCAAGGACGCGGAGCGCUACAAGACGGAGAUGGAGGCGUACAAGGCCAAGCAGGCUGCUGACGAGGAGUAGACUACACUAACGUGCAUUCAUUAUUA